CAGGCUCAGGAUUUGCUCAGAGACCAGCUUUAACCCCUUCAGCAAACACUGCAUGAACAAAUCAAAGCACAGCGCAAUGACGUAAACGAGGCCGGAAGAAGCGCUAUUGUGCGCGAAAUUGCCGGCAGUCGCCUCUGAGUGCCCCACGCCAAGCUAACCUGCCAGUCGGAUGAGAUGAGCUGAACACAUAGUACCUGGGCGGAGCUAUGUUUUAUGAAGACUUGGAAAAUGCUGCAGUCAUGCACUUCCAAUACAGAGGUAUAAAUCUGCCACUGCUUCCGACCAAUGAACUGCAGAGUUUCACAUGUAUGUCAACAAGUGUAUGUACAAAAGAGGUGUGGAGAACUGAGACCCUACAAAACCAGUCAAGACCAAAAAUGAGAAUAUAGCCUCCUCUGCUACUGCAAACAUUGAGCUAUGUGGGACAGAAAGCUACUCAACUUGUUACGCAUGUCUGUCAGAUGCAAAUGGAAACAUAAAGGUAUUCGAUUCUUCAUCAAUGAAUCAGUCUUACCCUCCAGAAUUCAAGAAAGACACCAGACAAAGAUGGAGUUACCCAAAAAGAAAAAGAAACUUUUUCUCUUGGGCUGCCUAUUUAUGUCAGUCCUUACAUUCUUUGUAUUAUACCGGUUACAGAAACAUAUAGAAUUUUUGACAUUUUCUGCUCACCUGCCUAUAUCUUUAAUAUGCCCAGAAGAAGACGACAACAAAUCUUCAGAAAUGAAAAAAAAGGAAUCAUAUAGUACUGAAAAUGAGAUAGUAGCUAAAUGCAAACAUUCAGGAAUAUGGACCAUAAAACCUGAAGGUAGGCUGGGAAAUCAGAUCGGUGAAUAUGCUGCAUUGUAUGCCCUGGCCAAAGCAAACAGGCGUCAGGCUUUUAUACUUGCAGAUAUGUUUAAUUACUUGUCACCAAUAUUUAAAAUCACACUGCCAGUUUUACAUAACAGUGUUGCCAGGCAUGUCCCCUUUAAGGAAUACUGGAUACAUGACUGGAUGUCAGAGGAAUAUAAUCACAUUGAGGAGAGCUUUAUUAAACUCACUGGCUUUCCUUGUUCAUGGACCUUUUUUCAUCAUAUUCGGGAGGACAUUCAAAGAGAAUUUACAAUCCAUGACCAUCUUAAGAAUGAGGCCAGCCAAGUUUUGGAAAGCAUUAAAGGUUCCCGAAAAAAUGUCACCUACAUAGGAGUCCAUGUCCGAAGAGGGGAUUAUGUUAACGUCAUGCCAAAUGUUUGGAAGGGUGUGGUCGCAGACAAGGGUUACUUGGAGAAAGCCAUGAAUUAUUUCAGAAAUAAAUAUAAAGAACCGGUUUUUGUAGUGACUAGUAAUGGUAUGACAUGGUGUAAAGAGAACAUUGACAAUUCCAAGGGAGAUGUCUACUUCUCUGGGGAUGGCAAUGAGUCAACUCCAGGUAAAGAUUUUGCACUUCUGGUUGGUUGUAACCACACCAUCAUGACUAUUGGGACAUUUGGGUUCUGGGCAAGUUACUUGGUUGGAGGAGAAACUAUUUACCUCACUAACUUUACACUUCCUGAAUCGGAAUUCUUGAAGCUUUUUCAUUAUGAUGCUGCAUUCUUACCAGAGUGGAUGGGGAUUCCAGCUGACCUAUCUCCACUACGGCACUGAAAACACUGGAUGGAAAGCCAAAGCUGCCUAUAACAUAUACACUUAUACAGAUUUAUUAUAUUAUUUAUGAAGAAAAAAUUGCUAAACAAGUAGACAUUUUGACAGAGCAAAACAUUUUUGUAAAUUGCUAUGUUUUAUUGUGAUGAUGAAUUUGACUAUUUAUUUGUCAGCUUUCUAAAACCAGAUUCUAUAUGGUCAAAAUGUAACAAAUAUUUUUGUAAUAUCUACUGCAUAGAGUUGCACAAAGCCUAUACAAAGGCAUAACGUAGUACAUUGUCCGUGCUAUAGGAACCAUUAGGUAUUUUUUUUUAUGUUAAAUGGGUUGUACAGGAUUUGAAAACAUGGCUGUUUUUUUUUUUUUAUUGUGAAUAGAAUUGCAGGUUAGUGCCACUGGAAUAAUGCCGGAUUUCAGUGGUAUUCUGCUGCUCUGUUCACAUGGUAGAAUUACCACGGUAGCAACAUCUGCCACGGAAAUCCUGAUUACGGCAACCGCAAUAACAUUGAACAUGUUCAAUGUUUUUGCAGAUUCCACAAGAAAAUGCAUUGCCAUCUAUGAGACAAUGCAUUUUCGAGCGGUCCUAGCGCCAGCAUGUUCUGCUGUCCGUGGAAUGUCUGCACGGAAAUUUGUCGUGCGGACAUUACACCAUGUGAAUGUAGCCUACCACAGUUUUGGGGGAAAAUACAACCAUGUUUUCCAUAUUCCCACAGAACUUACUUCUUACUUUUGUUGCAUUCUUAUAGUUUGUAUAUCUUUAUGUUGUGAAUGUUUUGAAUUUUAGGCCAGACACUUGAACAUUUUGAUGUUGCCAUUUUGACAUGUGACACAGUGGUUCUGUCUGAUUUAAUUUCUUACAUAUAGUCAAGCUGUGUUGAAUUUAAGGCUGUGUUCACAUGUUAUGGUCUUGCCACUAAAAUGUCAGUACAAAUUGUGUUAUUGUACUGCAAUUAUGCACACUGGGGUAGAAACAAUGGGCGAGAUUCUCAAAAACUACUGUAAUUUCUAUUCCAGCGAUAUUAUUCACACCUUUUUUUUUCUCUUCACAUUUUCAAAGGUCUUUUGUGCUGCUGUGAAAAUAUGUGAAAAUUCAUUUUCGCGCCACCUUAGUUUUUUUUUCGCGCCUCAAAUUUAUUUAUUUUUUGCAGCCAUAUUGGAUUUUUUGGCACCAAAUUUUUUUUUUAUAACCUUUUUCAAGAAUAAUUAAUUUUUUUAAUAAUUACUUAAAUAACACCUUUUCCCAAAAAAACUAUAAAAAUACAACUAUUUCUGUGAUGUCUACACUAUCAAAAAGCUGGUGGGAAAUUUUUUAUGUAAACUGGACUCUCACCCCUUUGAAAAUAUCCUGUAAAGGAGACAAUAUAGUUUUACAAAACUAACGUGAACAGUGUAAACCGCGGCACAAAGCUCUUUGAAAAUGUGGUUGAUACUAUUUUCCUCAUUGUUACCACGCUGUUGGCUUGUUUUUUGCCACAAUUUU